UUCACUGUGGUGCGCGCGUGUCGAAGCCAAAACUCGCAGAAGCCAGCGCACUCCAACAAAAGCGGCUCUUUUGCAUUUUGACGAGGCAACAUGGCCCGUGGACCAAAGAAGCACUUGAAACGUCUCAAUGCGCCCAAGGCAUGGAUGUUGGACAAAUUGGGUGGCGUUUACGCCCCACGUCCAUCCACCGGUCCACACAAACUUAGGGAAUCGCUGCCCCUGGUUGUGUUCCUCCGCAACAGGCUAAAGUAUGCCUUGAACAAUAAAGAAGUGACGAAAAUUGUUAUGCAGCGACUCAUCAAGAUUGACGGUAAAGUCAGAACUGAUGCCAACUACCCUGCUGGAUUUAUGGAUGUUGUUACGAUUGAAAAAACAAACGAAUUCUUCCGUCUCAUCUAUGACGUCAAAGGACGUUUUGCUGUUCACCGCAUCACACCCAUUGAGGCCAAAUACAAGCUGUGCAAAAUCAGGCGUGUCCAAACUGGGCCCAAGGGAAUCCCAUUCCUUGUCACACAUGAUGGUAGAACCAUCCGUUAUCCCGAUCCUUUGAUCAAGGUGAACGAUACUAUUCAGCUUGACCUCGCCACAGGAAAAAUCCUCGAUUCCAUCAAAUUCGAAACUGGUAACUUGUGUAUGAUCACUGGAGGAAGGAAUUUGGGUCGUGUUGGUACUGUCGUUAACCGUGAGCGGCAUCAGGGAUCCUUCGAUAUUUGCCACGUUAAGGAUGCCAAUGGCCACACUUUUGCCACCAGAUUGCACAACGUAUUUAUCAUUGGCAAGGGCACAAAACCGUACGUCAGUUUGCCGAGAGGCAAUGGUGUCAAGCUCUCAAUUGCCGAGGAACGUGAUAAGAGGUUAGCCGCUAAGGGAGUCGCUUAAGGGAGUUUAUGUAAAUUUUCAACAAAAUUAUAAUAAACCGAGUUUUUGUCUUGGUAAA